AUGCAGCCUAGCCUGCUCCUUGUCCUGACCCUGCUGAGCAUGGCCUCUGCCCUCCGCCCUGCCCCGUGGCACACCAUGAAGGUACCUGCAGGCAGAGAGGAGGGCAGCGGGAGGCGCUUUGCAGUGGUGAAGACAUGGCGCACCUACAACAGUGCCCAGAGCUACUGCCGGAACACAUACAGGGGACAGCUGGCCUCGGUGCAUAGCACAUCCACUAACGAAGUGCUGAGGAAGCUGGCAUCCACCUACACCCACUUCAGCCUCUGGAUUGGGGCAGUCACCUCCUGCCAGAAUGGGUCGUGGAAGACGUGUUGGGAGGACCAGAGCCCCUGGAACUAUGCGAACUGGGCCACCGGGCAGCCCCAACGACUGUUCAAAACCUGCACCGUGCUCAGCCCCAAAGAUGGGCUCUGGAGAAGUAAAGCCUGCUUCAAGAUACGCCCCUUCAUCUGUGAGUACUGAGGGCUCUCAGGGGUCCUGCCAUGGCUCUCCAGUGCCCAGGGACCCACAGUGGUCCAUGUCACUGUCCCAAUAAAGUGCCCUAUCAACUGCCUUGAGGCCACAUGUCCAUGUAUUUUAGGGCUGGGGGAGACU